AAUUGAUUGGGCUGAUCCAGGCUAGCUAGCUACCUUCAUUUCUUGAAUACCUAGCCAGCUCUCUAUUAUUCUUCCUGAAAAUAAUUAGCAGUUCUUUUAGCUUCACACACACAUCAUAAAUAUGGAAGAAAUACGUGAAGUUGCUUUAGCAUACUAUGACAAUUGCACACCAGAACUUCGGGGUAAGACAUGGGAGUUCUUUCAAUCCAUGGAUACGAACGGCGAUCACCGAAUCAGUGCCAGGGAGUUCAAUGAAUUCCUCCGUCAGACCGGUUACAACACGAUCAUUACUGACCCAGAAUUAUUUGCAAGGCUUGACCGCAACGGUGACUCCGGGCUGGAUUUCGAUGAAGUACUCACUUUCUACUAUAUCAUUAAAACUGAGUACGUCCGGUGCCGAGGCUGCAACAAGUACCUUUCCGGGCUCUAUUUUACUUGCUUCGAAUGCUUUGAGGCAGCCAAUCCCUCCACUUUUGAUCUAUGUGAUGCUUGUCAUCGCAGUAGCAAUUUUACUCACCACCACAGUGACCACACACUCUUCUUGGAGAACCACAUAUUGCUAUACUACAAAAGAGGACCAGAUGACAGCAUGGCAAUGGAAUAUCUAUAUGCACAAGCUUUAGAGUACUAUGAUAAAGCAACUCCAGAGCUUAAGAGAUCAGUGAUGUCUUUCUUUCAAUCCAUGGUUACACACGGUGCAAACCAAGUCAGCCUCUCUGUGUUCAACGAUUUCCUCAAGCAAAAUUACUACGACUGGAUUUUUAAUGAUCCACUCUUGUUCCAGAAACUCGACCGCAACCGUGAUGGCGGCCUCGAUUUCUGGGAAUUGCUCACCUUCUACUACAUCAUCCACACAAGGUACUUCAAUUGCCGAGAAUGUCAGGUAUACCUUGGCGGGCUGUAUUUUACCUGCGUUGCUUGCUUUGAGGGAGGAGCUCAUUAUCGUCGUCAUCAUCAUUCUGAUCUCGGCACCUAUAAUCUAUGUGCUGCCUGCUAUCGCAGUAGGAAUUUCGUCUCUCAACACCCGCACCACACCUUCUUCUUGGAUAACCACAUAUUGCUGCGCUCCAAAAGGGGUCUUCCUCCUUAUGCUACACCAAGUCUGGUAAGCGCUCCAAAACCUCUGGUGGUUUAUAAUAAUUAUUAUUUUAUUAAUAAUAAUUACCACCUUCCAGCUGUGCAGCCUGUACCUCCAAAGCAGAGUUGGCUAUCGUCACUCAAACUAUUAGAGGUGGCCCUGGCUGGUGCAAACUUGGCUGCUAAUUGUUCGAUUAUGUAA